AUGUCUAAUGACCCAUCACCAGAAACGUUACCUCCAAUCGAUGAUACUCAAACAAAAACCGAAGAAACCCCUAAAAAUGCUGUCGAAACUGUACUUCAACAAUUGGUACUAAUUCAUAGUUUAUGA